AUGGGCAUUAUCAAGCAUUUGGAUAUUAUUCCUUCAAUUGAUCCGUCACUUUCAUCAUCAGAGUUUAUAGUGGAAGCAGGAUGGGGCACUAUCUCGUCCAUUGUUGGUGUAAUCCGUCUUGCAACAUCCAAGCCACUUAAAGAAGCGAAAAUUAUACUUGAAUUUCAAGGUGAAUCAGAAACCUUUUGGGUUGGUUCCAAGGUUCGCAAACCAGGCGAUCCUCCUGGAGAGACCUUUGCUCGUCGAUUUCAGCUUGUGACAACUGUUGUUAGAGACUCAAAAGAAGCUUUAGAACCCAACGAGUUUGGAUCCAUUACAUUGCCAUUUAAAAUCAAUUUACCAGCACAAGGAUUGCCACCUUCGUUUACUGAUUCCAGAGGAUGUAUUAAAUAUAGUCUCAAAAGUACAUUGACAUGGUCAGAAACCUUUCAUCUACUAGCGCCAACGCACGUGGCUAGAGCUCUCAUAAAAAUUGUCAUGCCUCGUUCGCAUCGACUAAAACUCCUUCAAACCCCAUCUACUUUGGAAUUUGAUACGGUUUACGAUCCCAACAAGUGCACUUGCGCCAUUCGAUUGCCGACACGUGUGUAUAUUCCUGGACAGCAAUUCACGAUACAAUUUGCAAUUCCCUAUGUGCCAGCCGGAAGGUCCGUUUCUGCUGUUCAAGCAUCAAUAGAAGCCAAUACAACCUAUAGAUCGGUUACAAGCGAUGGCACCAAAAGAAAUAGAAAUGCUGUUGUAUGGAACCCCUUUCCACUUGCAUUUGGCAAGGAAAUGCCUGCACCAGAUGAACAGGACACGUCUGACCUUGCCCAUCCAUCAGUGUUUUGUGGUACCAUUCAACUUUCCACUGAAGCAAAAUAUCAUCAACCUACGAUUGAGAGCUCCAUUAUUUCAUCACGCUCAGUCGUCAAAUUUCAGGUAUAUUUGGAUGGAAAUGAAGACCCUCAUGUGGCUUUUGAAACUGCAAUCGUAGUGAUUCCCGCAGAUACGAUCAAGGAAACUGCAGCAUUGAAAGCUUUGGAGAUUGCACGGGAGCAGAUUCGGCCAGCACAUGAGAUUGCAGCCAGCACAUCUACUCAUCUACAUGCCCAACAUGUCAAAAAGCCAAAUUUCACCACUACAGCUACCAUCACAACACGUAUUCCUGUAAACUCUACUAGUGAUGAUGGUGCACCCAUAACUCCAUCGAGUGGUCCUGCAAGUCCAAGCUUAUAUGGCGUCAACUGCUUCCCAGAAAGUCAUGGUACACACUCGGUCCACUCCAGUCGUAACACUGUCGCUAGUAGCAAUUCUGGCAUGUAUUCUUGUAUAUCUUCCGGAGAUGGUUUCGAAAACCAUAUUCCCACAAGGUUCGCAUCUCGCAAAUAUUCUGUGUCGUUGAGAAGUUUAGACGCGCAAGAUUCGCAACAUAGUGAUACCGACACACGCUUACUAAAAAAUCGGUCUGCUAUUCAAGACAGUGGAUACGAGUCAGUGCGAUUGCCAUCCAUAUCAAAGGAUCCGACUAGUCCUCUUGAUAUUCAAACCCCAGACCAUUCUUUCGCAACACAGCGUAUGAGUUAUGAGGAUGACAAAGACUCCAAUAACUUGAUUACUAUAGAUGAGUUGGUUGAGCAAUUGGCAGACGUCAAUUUGACUCGCAAAGAUGCUGGAGAUCCCAUGUUUUUUAAAAAAACAAUUCCAACCCAAAUGCCAUCUGAUGCUAAUGCUCCUGGUAAAACCAUUGUCAACAAGCUUAUUGCCAGGCUUGAUUCUCAACAUUCCAUGGGAUUUUACGAAUCCAAAGUAAACACUGCUCCAUCAAAUGUAGUAAACGAGACUACAGAUUCAACUUCAGAUGAUGAAACUAGCACUUGCAAAUUAAAAAAUCUUUUAGAUGAUCUUCAAGACCAUCCAAGCAAGUCUUUGAUCAAGCCACACAAUGCGAGUUUACCUAAAUCUCAAGUAUUGCUUAGUAAAACACGAUCCACGCAAAUACAACAGAUUGAUAGUUUAUUGGAAUCGUUGUUGGCAUUCGAGCAAGUGAAUCAAACUAUUGAAUAUGAUGAUGCUGCUUUUCCAGCAUCAUUGGCAUCAAAGCAACAGAUUUCAAAAGGCACAGACUCUACACAACCAAACAACAACAGCUUUCACCAACCCAAAACUAACAAUCCCAAAGCGGUAUUUAAAGAAUUCGAUUUGGAAAUUCCUCUUGCCGUUCCACAACUUUCAUUACAACGACCAUCAAUAGAUAUUAUAGGUGGUCCGCGUACCUCGGCAGAUCUGCGUUAUUUUAACCAAAAGUUUUUGGGAUAUCCACAAUGCCAAUCGCCAUUGUCUGUGAGUCAUGGUGAAAUGCAAACAAUGACUGCACCCACCUCCACUUUAUUUGAUGCUUUAAAUAAUCUGUCAUAUGAACAAAAAAAAGCUGCCAAGUUUAUUGUCAUGGUUUUGCAUACUCCACAUCAACCCGAUGAACUGCCACUUAUUGUUGGUGAUAUAGUGUGUAUUCGCAAAAUAUUUCGUGAUGGAUGGUGUUGGGGAUACAAAGUGUUGACCAAAUCCGAGGGAUUGUUCCCAAUCAAAAAAGUCCAGCUAUACGACCCAUAUCAAAUGGAUCAAUUGUAA